CAGUUCAGUAACCUGGACCUGGUAAUACACUAAUUUUAUCACUACGACUGAAACACAAUCCUCAAUUAGAGACAAUGAGACAAUCAUAUAGGCUGCUCUGUCUCAGUGUGAUUAUUUAUUUUGUUGGACACAUCUCUGGAUUUUCUGUAAAUCUAAAGGAUGCAAGCAUUGCCACUGAAGAAAUGAGAAAACACUUUAAAUCCAUUGACCAUGAGGGUGACAAUAAUGGCCUUGUGUUUCAGAAGUUUUUUGACUCUUGGAAGGAGGAAGGAGAGAAAAAAAUUCUACUGAGCCAGAUUGUUCCAGUUUAUUUGAAGAUUAUUGAUGCCAUUUCUAAAAUGAAUUUGAAAAAUGAAGAACUACAACCGAGCAUUAGAAACCUCAAAAUGAUGCUUAAUACAAUAUAUGACGACUUGCUAAAGCAAACCGACCUGAAACUCAGAGGCCUAAAUGGUCUAAAGACUAUACAGGUGGAAGAUGUUAAAACCCAACAUGCUGCUAUUAAAGAACUUUUCAUGGUUCUGAGAGAACUGUCGGUAAUGGAAGACACGAAAAACCAGGAGGUUAAAAAGCAAAAACGUGAUUUUCAGCGAAAAGAUAGAAGAAGAAGAUAUAAUACUAUAUAAUAGAAUCAACC